AAAAUCGUUAACCCCUCCAAUUUCUGAAAAAUUGGUAAAUUUACAGUCUUGCAAUGGCAGUUUCGAACCCUCCACCAUCGUUGGACAUCCUCGUACGAGGUCCAGAGGGUUUAACCAUUUGGGCAGGCCCACCUUUCAUCAAUGGCGAACCCAGCGUCAAGCUCGAUAAAGUGCGAUGCAGCACCACGAAAUUCAGCGAGGAUGGAUCAAAACUCAUGGCCAUUCGAUCCGACUCACUCAUCAGCAUCUACGACUGUAAGAAAUUGGUGGAAAUAAAAUCAUUACAAGUGCCCAAUGUUCUCGCCGCCACCAUUUCUCCGUGUGGGACUUUUGUUCAGACAUUUCAGAAAUCCACUUCUCCGCAGGAAAAAAACGUCGUCGUUUGGAAAUCGGAAACCGGUGAAUCGGUUUAUCAACUGUUUCAGAAGAAUAUGAGCAAAGCUACAUGGCCUGUAUUCAAAUUUAGCUAUGAUGAAGAUGUGGCGUGUCGUUUGGUGACGAAUGAAGUACAGUUCUUUGACCCGAAAGAUUUCUCGAAAGGGGCUGUUAAUCGGCUUAGAGUGCCGGGAAUUGCUGCGUUCGAGCUUUCUAAGAGCCCUGGAUCGUAUGUGGCAGUGUUUGUUCCGGAAUCGAAGGGAAUGCCGGGCAGUGUUCAAAUAUUUUCUUGUGCAAAGGAGUUACAAAGUCAACCCGUUGCCAGAAAAAGUUUCUUUAGGUGUUCGUCCGUACAACUAAAUUGGAAUACCGGUUCCACAGGCUUGUUGAUCGUUGUUCAGUCGGAUGUUGACAAAACUAAUCAAAGUUACUAUGGAGAGACAAAGUUGAACUAUUUGACUACAGAUGGAAGUUACGAAGGAUUAGUGCCACUCCGUAAGGAGGGCCCCGUUCACGAUGUUCAGUGGUCGUACUCUGGUAAAGAAUUUGCUGUUGUCUAUGGAUUUAUGCCUGCAACGGCAACAAUAUUCGACAAGAAAUGCAAUCCUUUACUGGAGCUUGGGACUGGCCCAUACAAUACUCUUCGAUGGAAUCCAAAAGGGAAGUUUAUAUGUGUGGCUGGAUUUGGAAACUUACCAGGCAAUAUGGCAUUCUGGGAUUAUUCGGAGAAGAAGAAAUUGGGAGAUACAAAAGCUGAAUUAUCAGUAUCAAGUGAAUGGUCCUCCGAUGGACGAUACUUUAUGACUGCUACCACUGCUCCAAGACUACAGGUCGACAACGGGAUCAAAAUAUUUCACCACAAUGGAUCGUUGUACUUCAAGAGAAUGUUCGAAAAGUUAUAUCAGGUGGACUGGAAACCGGAGUCACCCGAUAAAUUUGAAGAUAUCGCAGAGCUCUUAAAGUCUGUCGACUCUAUAAAAUUGGAAGAACCACCAAAACAAGGACAAGGGUUGAAAAAAGCUGCUCAGGCUUCCACAAAAGCUGCUUCCGCCCCUUCCGUACAGAAACCUGCAGCUUAUCGCCCGCCUCAUGCUAAAGCAGCAGUUUCCGUUCAGGCAGAGGUACGCUGUGAAAUUAAUUAAAUAUAUAUAUUUUAU